AUGGGCGACAAUGCCUGUGUCAUUAGCUCCCCAUCACCCCCGCCCUCCCGGAUUGGUGUUCCCCAGGAAGCUGACGCCACCUGGUCGCCUAUCCGCGAUGCGGCAGGCAGCCUAAUAGAGGAGCAUGAGUUAGAUUAUAUCAUGGACCAGCGCGGCUUGGGAGCCGACGCCCAGUGCCUCGUCAAGUGGCGCGGAACCCCUGAAGAUCAAGCCACAUGGGAGCCCGCUCACCACCUCACAGGAUGCCCGGCUUUGCUUCAUGCUUGGCACCGCCGCCAGCUAAGACAUCUCCAGGAUCGACACCAUGCUGCUCCUCCCGAGACGUAG